UUUAAUAAAUUAAUUUCAUUAGUCUCCAAACACAACCGUUUGCUUAAAUAAUAUGGCUCUUUCGGAUUCAAUGUAUUUGUUAAAGAUAGUUAUAAAUAACAUAAAAUGUUAUGCUCACUACAAAUCAUUGAAGUUAAGUGGUCAAUUUGCUAAUUUAUUCAACAUACCUUUAAAAUGCCCUGCAGUUAAGACUUAUUCGAAGAAAUUAAGAACAUACAAAGUAAAAAAAAGAAAUCAUUUAAAAGAGUUUAAGGCAUCUUUACCGAAAAUCAAAUCUAAUACGGGUCAAUCGUUUUUGAUAAUAAGCAAGUCAUCAGAGCUUAUUUCUCUAAUGAAAAAAUACCCUUUGGAAAUACAUGUUUGUAAGGAUAAUGACUUAUAUCAAACCUUUGGAUCAGCUUAUAUUCCAUGGAACAAUGAAUAUAUUAAAUAUUUAAAUAUGGACAUAAACUCAGUAUUACCAUCAGUGUACACUACAGGAGAAUAUAACAUAUAUGACGAACUAUCUUCAAAACGAAUUGCAUCAAUUGAUAUCACUUUAAAGCUAGCCCGCAUAAGUGAUACAUUAACCAACAAUCCCGAUACUUUUAUAAAUACAAGAAAAUAUGAAAUAGUUACUAAUGAAUAUCCAAUGGAUGUAUUUGCUAGGUCUUCAGCCAGCGAAUUAAAAGAAAACAAACUAUCAAUUAGUGCUGAACAAAUAACGAAAAAGCUAACUUUACAUAAGUCUGAAUCAUCUAGUGAUCUAGAUAUAACUAAAAAACAAAACAAAUCUGUUGUUUCGGUAAUGUCCUGUUUAUCUUUUGACUGCAAACAAAAAAACGCUCUUUAUCAGUAUAUCUUCGGAGAUCCCAAGGGAUCUUUUGGUAACAAAGUUUAUCAGGUGGGCUAUUUUAAAGUAGAAGCUAAUGCUUCUGGCCGAAGCUCACCAAAUACUAGCCCAAGUACCCAGAACUCAGAAAAUCCCAAAGAGGGGAAAAAUAAACUAACAUUUAAAAGAUGUAAUAUUGAAUGUAGUAAAAAGGAUACUAGUUCUUGUCCCGAUAGUGUUUGCACGUUAGAUUUACCCGAAGAAUUUGCUAAUCUAAGUCAUGAAAUAAAAUGUAAAGAACUUACAUGUAAUUUUAAAAAACAUAGAGAAAUACCACCGCCGCAUGAUGAUCGAAUUUUAUUAGAUAUUUCAAAUUUAAAAGCGACUUGUUGUUCUGAAUUAAAAGAAAAUGUAGAAGAAGUUGUAGGUGGAGUUAUAGCUAAGAUGAAAAUUGGACAUGAUAAUUGUUUUUGUACUUGUGAGUGUAGUUUAUUUAGUACGUUUACAAAAAAAACAACCUACUGUACAGUUUGUGGUGGAUAUGAAGUAGCAGGCUACGAUGUCAUUAACAAGGCAACGCAUGAAAAACCUACGCCAUGUCCAAUUUUUCAUAAACUAGUUGACAAAAAUAAAUUAAAAACUUGGAGCACAUCGGGUAGCGAGAGCAAGAAAAAAGGUGAUGACCAAAAAAGUAUAAAAGGGAGUCAAGGUCAAAAAGGUACAGCUGAUAAGCGCUCAGUAGUAAGUGAAAAGAAAAUCGUUGAAUCCGAGAAGGGCAAUAAGAUAAAAAAAGAUGAAAGGUUUCAAUUUAACUACGGCUACAAAGGUAUACCCCCCCAAAUUGGACACAGCAGAUGUGCUUUACCAUGUACAGGUACUUUAGACAAUGUUCCAAAGCGCAUGGGUUGGCUUUGGUCGGCUGAAAAUAUACCAGGGAUGAAGUUCCGUCCUUUGUGGAAGCCGGGGGCAAUUAAUAAACAUGUAUUGCGGCUACUACGGAUUGCGCGACAUCCAGAUCAAGCAAUAUCCAAAAAGAAAAGAAAAGAUACAGGGAAAAAGAAACGACCACUUAAACGACCUCUACUGGUGGUCCACAAAAAAGAUGGUGAAUUCAUUGUCACAAUGGAAACUAUGAAAACUUAUUUAAAACCAAGAGGACUAAAUCAACACCCAUACGAAGACAAACCAGUAUUAACAUAUGCAAUAGGCCGAACUGAAGAAGAAAAUCGUGAACGUUUGAAGAGAAAAGAACGUGAUCAGAGACGUCUUGAACGAGCUCAACGCCACUUUAUCCAAAGUACCUUUAGAGAUAUGUGCCAUGAAAUAUGUUUGAAAACAUAUCAACAAGCUCUUGGAAUAUUACCUAACGCUGAAGAUCCUGAAUGUAUGUGUUAUCCAGCAUUGCCAUCAGCUAGAGAUACAGACAUGGCUCUUUCAUGUUCUUGUUCUGAAGAUAAAUCAUCCGUGGUUGGUUCCGACACCGAUUUUGAUGAGUGGUUUGUCGAAUUUACACCUCCUAAUGCUACAUAUGAUCCGAUUUAUAAAGGUAAAAAAGUUUUAAAAGUAGACAUUGGUUCUCAGUAUUCAUAUUUAGACUACAGAGUAAAACUUGUUGAUAGAUUUGGAAAUCCAAUACCUAGAUUUUUCAAGGGUCCCGAUGGAAAACAACAGUGUAGUGAUUUAGGUGGUUUUUGGAGCCCAGAACAUAAGUGGUUGGAAAUAAAUGUAGAUGGGUACAUAGCACUAGAUGGUAAAUGGGCUCCAAUGACUUUUAUAGGACCAAGUGGUGAACAAUUGGAAGCUGAAACAGGAAAGUUUCAAGCGACGAACGGUAAAUGGUUAGUAGUUGGAGUUGAUGGUUUCGUUGAUAGUCAAGGUAACUGGAAAUUUUAUCCUAAAGCUAAAGAAUCAAUAAAAAAGAGAUAUGGUGCUCCUACCAAUAAAGGAAAAGGGAGAACAGACGAUAAAACAGUACGAAAACCUGGAUAUAAAUCGGAUGUGUGGAGUUGUUUUGGUGACGCAUCCCCUAAGAAGCUAUCGGAGUUAGGAAUAGUUGGUCACGGUGGAGAUAGAAAAUUGUUAUUAAUGAAGUUGCAAAAAAUAUUAGCAGGUGGAGAAUAUGUAAGAGUGCCUCAACCGCCGACAGUUGAUCAUUUACCGACUUCAAAAAAAGCAAGAAAAAAAGGAAAGCGUAUGUUUUCUCGAAGUUUUCAAGAAGGGUAUAAAUGCCAUCAUCCUGUACCAUCAGAAAAAGGAAUAAUUGCCGUGGAUGAUCAUGGAAAUAAAACUUAUUUCAAAUUGAGGAACUAUAACAAUAAGCGGCCCAAGGACCGUAUGGCUUCACUCACUGAACAGGGCAUAAGUCUUAGCUCAUUCCACGUUCCGUGUUUCCAUUCUUUUAUAAAUUCAGAAGUAGUUAAACAACAACAAAGAGAUAGAAUACUCGCGCUUUCUAAGAGAAAUGUGGCGACACAGCUUGAAUGAAUGUCGGCUUAAACCAGUAGUUUUAAUAUUUAUUUGGUAUUCCUUAUAGGAAUUGUGGUGUAUAAUCUAAUGUUAUGAUGUUUUAAGUGCAAGUUUAUUUAUUUGGUACUGUGCUAAGUUAAAUUUUGUAACGUUAUGUAACU